CUCUCUCUCGCUCACUCUCUCUGGCGCCCUCCCUUUCUGUCUGAACACAUGAAAUUCAGAGGAUCUCCUCCCGAAACGCGAACACAGCGGUCAGAUAAGCGCUCGGCGACACCCCCUCCCGCGCAACAUGGCUACAGUUGUCACCUCCACCAGGUUUACGGAAGAUUACCAGCUUUACGAGGAGCUCGGGAAGGGUGCCUUUUCCGUGGUGCGCAGAUGUGUGAAGAAGUCUACAGGCCAGGAAUAUGCUGCUAAAAUCAUCAACACAAAGAAACUGACAGCCAGAGAUCACCAGAAGCUGGAACGAGAGGCCCGAAUCUGUCGUCUCCUCAAACACUCCAAUAUUGUCCGACUACAUGACAGUAUCGCAGAAGAAAGUUUUCAUUACCUGGUCUUUGACCUUGUGACUGGAGGAGAGCUGUUUGAAGACAUCGUUGCCAGAGAGUAUUACAGCGAAGCUGAUGCGAGCCAGUGCAUCAAUCAGAUCCUUGAGAGCGUCAAUCACAUUCACCAGCAUGACAUCGUGCACAGAGACCUCAAGCCUGAGAACCUGCUGUUGGCCAGUAAGAUGAAAGGAGCAGCAGUUAAGCUGGCUGACUUUGGACUGGCGAUUGAGGUACAGGGAGACCAGCAGGCAUGGUUUGGCUUUGCAGGCACACCUGGUUACUUAUCUCCAGAAGUCCUGAGAAAGGACCCUUAUGGCAAACCUGUGGACAUUUGGGCUUGUGGAGUUAUCCUCUAUAUUCUUCUUGUGGGAUAUCCUCCAUUCUGGGAUGAAGAUCAGCAUAAGCUCUACCAGCAAAUUAAGGCCGGAGCUUAUGAUUUUCCUUCUCCUGAGUGGGACACCGUUACCCCCGAGGCCAAGAACCUCAUCAACCAGAUGCUGACCAUCAACCCAGCCAAGAGGAUCACCGCUGAGCAGGCCCUCAAGCACCCAUGGGUCUGCCAACGGUCUACAGUGGCCUCAAUGAUGCACCGGCAAGAGACUGUGGAGUGCCUGCGCAAGUUCAAUGCACGGAGAAAACUAAAGGGAGCCAUUCUCACCACUAUGCUGGUUUCCAGAAACUUUUCAGUGGGCCGGCAGCAUACCAGCCCUGCUGCUCCCACCACCAGCACUGCCGCGCUUGCACAGGAAGCGUGCAAAAGUUUGCUCAACAAAAAAUCAGAAGGUAGUAAGCCCCAGACAAACAACACUAAAAACAGUGUAGUGAGCGCUGUAGUGAGUGCCCUGAAGGAGAGCAACAUGGCCUCCUCCACACCAAUGGAGCCACAGACUACAGUAGUGCACAACCCGGCAGAUGGUACCAAGGGCUCUACUGAGAGCUGCAACACCAACGAGGAAGAGGAUAUGAAAGGUAGGAAAGUGGAGAGUGCACAGGGGGCCAGCAGUGACAGUGCGGUGAUGAGUCAGUGCAGUGCCGGGGAUGAGCCGCCCGCUCUGGUGGCAUCACCACAGUGCCCACCAGCCACUGUGGUGCAUGACAUAAAGCGCAUGGCGUGGAACAGUUCAGGACAUGCCUCGUGCCCAGAGUUAGAGCGUGCCCAGUCUGUUCCUCACGCCUCAGCUCAGGGGGGCUGGAGCAUGGCCACAGCCCAGUCUCGUAAGCAGGAGAUUAUCAAGAUCACUGAGCAGCUAAUCGAGGCCGUGAACAAUGGAGACUUUGAUGCUUACACGAGAAUCUGUGACCCUGGGUUGACUUCAUUUGAGCCUGAAGCUCUGGGUAACCUGGUGGAAGGGAUGGAUUUUCAUAAGUUUUACUUUGAGAACUUGUUGAGUAAGAACAAUAAGCCAGUGCACACCACUAUCCUGAACCCUCAUGUGCACCUGAUCGGAGAGGAUGCAGCGUGCAUCGCUUACAUCCGCCUGACACAGUACAUUGACAGCCAGGGCCGUCCGCGUACCUGCCAGUCUGAGGAGACGCGCGUGUGGCACCGUCGCGACGCCAAGUGGCUCAACGUGCACUUUCACUGCUCAGGAGCACCAGCUGCACCCUUACAGUGAAGCCGGCAGGACACAGGUUGCCUGGAUUCCUAACGAUGGGAGUGUUUGUUCCUUGUAGCCGGAUGGGCAUGUAGAGGCCGGACGGACGACAGCAAGUUACAGACACGCUAUUGAAGAAAUCCGAUUACAUCCAGUCCAACUGUCAACACCACCUUACCUGUCCAACCUUUGAUCACUAGGAUCCGGCUGCGGCUGUGACCCCGCCCACGGGACGGUGCAUGCCUAUGAUGCCCACACGGGGGUGCUGUCUAGUCUUUUCCUAUGGAAUCAUCUUUUUUUGCCCAUUAAAGAUGUCCAGAAGGUGUUGUAAGUACUGAUCUAUGAGUUAAACUAUACUGUAUAUUGUAAAAAAAAAAAAAAAAAAAAAAAUGGUUAGAGUUUGUAAGGCAUCGAUAUGUAAGUAAAAAGCAACUGGGGUGUAAAAGGGAGGGAGGAUACAUAAGAUAAUUCUUUGCCUUUAAGGGCUGAAGCUUGAAUAGGUGUAAUUGAAAUGCUCCGGCUCGUACACUUUGUAGAAUCGGGAUGCAAAUUAUUUUGAGAAUUAUGGAUAUGUCCACUGAUCAAGAAUGUCCUAAAAUUCUGGAGAGUAUAGGCAUACGUCAUACCAAGGAGCACCAGAGUAUAGUUUUUAUCCAUUUAAAGGAGUGUUUCCUGGUUUCUUGUUCUGUUAUUUUUUGUGUUUUUGAGCUAAGGUCAGUGGGACUGUUCGUGUGGUUCUGGGUUUUAGUGUUUUUGUGUUUAUGUGGUUCUUUUUUUUUUCCUGCUUUGAUUAUCAGAAAGUAUUUUGUGUUUAGCAGUUCAUUUUUAUGAUCAGUUUUAAAACCUUUUUAACGUAAUAAAAUUGUAAAGAUAUACAGUACAGAAGUAUAUAUAAAUAUAUAUAUUUAAAUGAGAUCAAGUGUGAAAUAAGGUACACCGUCAAGGUGCAGCAAAUAAUUAGACAGACUGUUUCAUGUGUGUUUAUGUGCAUGUGUUUGUAUGGACAUGUGAUUAAACACACCACUGAUAUAUUACUCUAGGUAGGACUGCUCCGCCUCUAACCACGUGCAUAUACGAGCGCGUCCGAGAGCCCACGUGAACAGACGUAGUGCUAUAGAAACGGCACCGAACGCUAGACGUAGAACCGCUGUUUUAAAUUUCACGUUGUUCCAAGGAACAGAGACGCUGUUUCACCAACAGGGACACACAUGUACAGUAACACAAGCUGAUCAAAAAACCCAUUCCGAAAUCAGAACGCACAGCUGUAGCAGUCACACACACUGCCUACCUGCCUACGAACAUGUGAUGGAGAACUAGUCUGUGUCGAACACGGCACAUGAAAGACAUCCAUAGAGUUUAUACGUGGGUGUAGAGACAACUUCUUUCCAGUUGUAUUCUAAACAUGUACACAAUCACAUGCUUCGUGGACGUUUGUGGCUGUUCUUCAUCCUGUCUUACAGAACCGUGUCGUCCUUGUGGUUCACACCAGCGGUGGGUUUGCGCGCCCACCUCUUAAUGCCGUGUUGCACACACACAUAGUGUACUUAUUACUCCCUUCAGCCUUUCCUCUGAAUUCAAGGUAUACAUCUAUACAGUAGUACAAAUACAGGGUUCAAGGCACUGGCUGUUAAAAACCAUCACAGCACAAUUGGCCUGUUCUGGUCUCGGUGACGGGCGUUAUUAAAAAAAAAAAAAGGAAAAAAAAGUGCGUUCCUAUUCGCUACACUUCAGUUCAUGCACUAGACCUGAGUAGGAUGUGAUUAAACAGUAAAUUUCUCCGCAACACCUCCAUCCCAUGAGUAUUUUCUACAAUGAACGAGUUCUCAGUCUGUGUAUAUACGUGUGUAGGGCUUUGGUACAUAUCAGCACUGUAACUCCGCACGUGUGUGUGUGUGUGUGUGUAUGUGUGUCACCUUCAUCACAAAGCUCUUUUCGUGAAUCUUGUUUUGUCUUCGAGAAAAUUGCUUCCAUGCUUAGGCAAGUCAGUCUUGUGUUGUUGUUUUUUUGUUUUUUUUUUUUUUUGGUGUGUAUGAUGAUUUUUUUUUUCUCCUUAAAACAGGCACAAGGGUAUUUUUCUGUAUGUUGUCAGUUACUUUAACUGUGUAGAAUCUGAAAAGAAAACGGAUCAAACUAAAAACAAAAGAGCACACGUUAACAGGUAGAUAGAGAUAGGUUAGGUAGAUUUCUAGAACAGAUGUCCCUCCUCCUAAAGCUGGGAACUAAACCGUGAGCCAGCACCUUCUGGCUUUCCUAUCCGAUCCAAGGCAAUCCCAAAUAUGCAGCUUAAUAUGAUGAUUAUGCAUGUUCUCUUUUCUUGGUGAAUCUUUUCUCCGCCGUGUGAUUUAAAAUGGGAUUUAAAAAAAUAAAUUGUUCUUGUUGCAUCUCUGACAUGAAAAUCCCUCCAUCUGGAGAUGAAUAGGUGAUGUACCAUAUUUUAAAAUGGAAAAAAAGUGAGUUAAAAAAAAAAAGCAAAAAAAAAAAAAGGAAACAACUCAGCUUUGUAUGCUCCCCUCAUUCUAAGUAAAUCUAUUGCAUUGUAAUGGUAUACUAUUGGGCUACGUAUAUGAAUGCUGGAUUUUGCAUGAUCAUACAUUUAAUAAAACCAUGAACUGACAACCAUUGAA